AAGAGACACACAUCCCAGGAAACUACAACAUAGAAGAAACAUACCAAGUCGAGAAGAAGACGCAGAAAAAGACGAACCGAUUGCUCAGAAAAAGGAAACCCGAUCGAGACAACUAUUCCCUGCCGCUCUCCAUAUUACUUCACUCACUUCUUCCUCAAGGAGAACACUCUGCUCGCUCAAGAACAAGAAAUAAUCAACCUACCUACGUCUUGUCUGGAAUCUUGUUGAAUAAGCUCUUCCUUCCGAAACAAUGAAAAUCUCUCAAAAACUCGCUGCUGCCGAGUCAGAGAACCGUAUAUCAUGGUCGUUUGAAUACUUCCCACCCAAAACCGACAAUGGGUUAACGAAUUUAUAUGACAGAAUCUGUAGAAUGUCGCAACUCGGUCCGAUUUUUAUUGACAUCACUUGGGGUGCAGGCGGGUCGACGUCGAACCUGACCACCGAAUUCGUCAAGACUGCUCAUGAACAGUUCGGCCUGGAGACAUGCAUGCAUCUCACUUGCACUAACAUGCCCAAAUCUAAAAUCGAUACCGCUUUGAAGGAAGCUUAUGAGUUCGGAUGUGAAAAUAUCCUCGCUUUGAGAGGCGAUCCUCCCAAAGGCUCAACUGAAUGGACGGCAACGGAGGGUGGCUUCGAACAUGCUAUCGAUUUGGUCCGACACAUUCGAGCAGAAUAUGGAGAUCAUUUUGACAUUGCGGUUGCAGGAUUUCCAGAAGGACACAUGCAUUCGACUUUAUCAAGAGAACAACAAACGAUUUAUUUGAAGGAGAAGAUCGAAGCUGGCGCGAACUUUAUCUUCACCCAAAUGUUCUAUGAUGUUGAUAUAUUCAUCGAUUGGGUCCGAGAGAUCCGGGCCGCGGGGAUCACGGUGCCUGUGAUCCCCGGGCUCAUGCCCAUCCAAUCCUGGGCCCAAUUCAAAAGGGUCACCAACUUCAGCAAAACGAUCGUCCCUCAAUACUUCUUGGAUAAGCUCGAACCCAUCCAAUCCGACGACCAAGCCGUCCGUGAGGCCGGGACCAAACUUGUCGCCGAUAUGUGCAGGAAAAUCCUUAACUCCGAUCUCGGCAUUCGUAUCUUGCACUUUUAUACUAUGAAUCUCGAACGUGGGACUAAGAUGAUCUUGGAUGAAUUGAACUUGAAUCCUUCUCGAGAUAUCACGAACCCAUUGCCCUGGAAGAUGUCGUUGUUGGGCAAACGACGAAGCGAAUCGAUCCGUCCGAUAUUUUGGGCAAAUCGAGCGAAAUCAUACCUAUCGAGAACGGAGACCUGGGAUGAAUUUCCGAAUGGACGAUGGGGAGAUUCGCGGUCACCAGCCUACGGAGAACUAGAUGGAUACGGAAUCAACAUCAAUGCCGCCACGAUGGAGACUCUCAAAGGUCUCAAGAAGUUCCCAACCAGUCUCGCAGAUCUUGCCCGAAUCUUUGCCAACUAUUGUGGUGCUCGAUUCCCGGGUGAAGAGCCAGUGAAAUACCUUCCCUGGAGCGACAUCCCUCUUUCGGAAGAAACUAAUAAGAUCGAAGACGUCUUGGUCAAAAUCAACAAGAGAGGCUUCUUGACUAUCAACAGUCAACCCGCCGUCGAUGGCGCCAAGAGUAGUGAUCCCGUCCACGGGUGGGGUCCCAGAGGCGGUUACGUAUAUCAGAAGGCGUAUCUUGAAUUCUUCUGUUGUCCAGAGAAGUUCCAAUCCUUAACAGAGAGGCUAGAAAAGGACCCGGAUGUGACGUACUAUGCGGUGACGAAGACUGGCGACCUAGUCACGAACAACACCCGCCCCGGGCCGAACGCGGUGACGUGGGGCGUGUUCCCAGGGAAAGAGAUCGUCCAGCCGACGAUCGUCGAGUUGGUGAGCUUCAUUGCAUGGAAGGAUGAGGCCUUUGAACUCGGGCACCAAUGGGCCGAAUUGUAUAAGGAGAUCGCACCCGAAAGCGCCAGGUUUAUCCACCAGAUCAUGGACUCUUGGUAUCUCGUUAACAUCGUCAAUAACGACUUCAGGAAGUCGAACGACGACUCGGAGCAUUCUGCCCUGUUUCAAUUCUUCGGCCCUGAACCGGUCAUCGUCGACCAAGACGAUCUCCCCCCUACUACUAACGGCCUCUCUCAUCCUAACGGGCUUCCUAAAACUAAUGGCUCGAGUACUCCUGCAAUCAGUGAAGUCAAUGGGGAGCUCAAAAACCUGGCCAUUUAAGUUGUGAAAGGGAAACGUUCUAGAAUACGUACAAGAAUUCGAUGCUCUUAAUACUACUUGAUGCUCUUUUUUUUCAUAUAUAUAUAUAUCCAUCCAUUCACAUAGAAAUCCAUCUCUCUCUCGCUUUUUGGCUUCUUCCCAGGUGAUUUUUCAUAUAGCCGCGCUUGAUGUUUGACUAUAAGUUGGACUUGAUUCUUGUUUGUUUGUUUGUCUAUCAGUUUUUCUUAUUUCUUUUUUUAUCUACUCUUUGUUUGUUUUUUUUCUGUUUUUUGAGCUAUCUUUAAAAUAUACCUUAUUGGACUACAACCCUUGAUUUUUUUUCAAAAUACUUCUCUCAUUUAGAUUGACAAACAAGCAAACAUACUAUGUAGGUACAACAAGCAAACAUACUAGGUACAUUCUCCUUCUUUUCUCAAUCAAAACGGAAAAAAAGAAAGAUGAUCUUUUGAGCUCAUGGCCAUACCUAUAAACAUCCUCUUGUUCUGGUUUUGUUUUGUUUGCGAAAUAUCAUUCUUUCCGUUUUUGU